UGUCGCGAGAGUUGGCCGCACGGCGCCCUACUGGAGGAGCUGUAACUAUGGCGAAUCUGGAGACUGAGGCUGAGCAGGAACCGCUGUUAGGCGACCACACACCCGGAAGCAGAGAAUGGGAUGUUAUUGAAACUGAAGAGCAUUAUAAGAGCCGAUGGAGAUCUAUAAGGAUUCUGUAUUUUACUAUGUUUAUCAGCAGUGUUGGAUUUUCUAUUGUGAUAAUGUCAAUAUGGCCAUAUCUCCAAAAGAUUGAUCCGACAGCUGAUGCAAGUUUUCUGGGCUGGAUUAUUGCUUCAUUUAGUGUUGGCCAAAUGGUGGCUUCACCUAUAUUUGGUUUAUGGUCUAAUUAUAGACCAAGAAAAGAACCUCUUACUGUCUCCAUCUUGAUUUCGGUGGCAGCCAACUGCCUGUAUGCAUAUGUCCAUGCCCCCGCUUCUCAUAAUAAAUACUACAUGUUGGCUGCUCGUGGACUGGUGGGAUUUGGAGCAGGAAAUGUGGCUGUUGUUCGAUCAUAUAUCGCUGGUGCUACUUCCCUUCAGGAAAGAACAAGUGCAAUGGCAAACACGAGUGCAUGUCAAGCAUUAGGUUUUAUCCUUGGUCCAGCAAGUACAGCUGAAGUUCAUACUCCUCAAGGAUAUAUUGACCAAGUUGCUGUUGUAGCCACUAAUGUUCUAUUUUUUGUGGUUCUGUUUAUUUUUGCCCUUUUUGAAACCAUCCUCACUCCAUUAACAAUGGAUAUGUAUGCCUGGACAAGAGAGCAAGCUGUUUUAUAUGAUGGAAUAAUACUUGCUUGUCUUGGAAUUGAAGCAGUCCUUAUUUUCAUGGGGAUUAAAUUACUCUCCCAAAAGAUUGGCGAGCGUGCUAUUCUACUGGGAGGACUCAUCGUUGUGUGGGUUGGCUUCUUUAUCUUGUUACCCUGGGGCAAUCAGUUCCCCAAAAUACAGUGGGAAGGUUUACAUAAUAAUUCAAUCCCCAAUGUCACUUUUGGGGAAAUUAUUAUUACUUUCUGGAAGUCUUCAAGAGAAGAUCACAAUGAAGAACCAACUGGCUGCCCAAUUCAACAAGCCUGGUGCCUUUUCACCCCCAUGAUCCAUCUGGCCCAGUUGCUCACAUCAGCCACGCUAAUUGGAGUAGGUUAUCCAGCCUGCAAUGUUAUGUCCUAUACAUUAUAUUCAAAAAUUCUGGGACCAAAACCUCAGGGUGCAUACAUGGGCUGGCUGACAGCUUCUGGGAGUGGAGCUCGGAUUUUUGGACCCAUGUUCAUCAGCCAGGUGUAUGCUUACUGGGGCCCACGAUGGGCAUUCAGCCUCGUGUGUGGAAUAGUGCUGCUCACCAUCACACUCCUAGGAGUGGUUUACAAAAGACUUGUGGCUUUUUCUCUAAGACAGGAGAGGAAUCCAGAGUCAAUUAACUAGGACUGUGAUGGAAAAGUACUUGAUGCUUGGAAUUUUCCCAAUGUAAGGCUCUGCUGGAAAACUGGUGUGAAGCAGUCUCCAAAAGUCAGACUGGACAUUGAGUAUUUUGAAUAACAACAUAUCUUAAACAAGAGAGAAUUUUACAUGGAGCUGUGAACACUAAGAUACUAUGAAAUCAUUAUGUCAUCACUUCCUUGUCCCCCAAAUGAACUAUUACUCUCGUCACAUCUUUUGGGGGCUACAUGAAGUAAUGAGUGGGUGUCUGUAAUGUGACGUUGUACUCUGACUACGAGGCACUUUGGUGGCACAGUUGGGUAAGCACUCGGCUACUAAUUGAAAGGCCAGCCAUUGGAGCACGAGCUACUGUAUGGGAGCAACGUGUCAGUCUGCUCUGUGCAGGUUGUAGCCUGACCAAUCCUGUGAGGCAGUUCUACCCUGCCCUAUAGGGCCCCUAUGAAUCAGAAUCAACUUAGUGAUAAUGGUUUGGCUUUUUAGUUGACUCAUAAUAUAUAAACUGCUGAGGGGCUAUUCAAUUAAAGAAUAUUUUAGUGACAUGAAACCAUUAGGAAGUUCUUUAUGAAUUAACUCUAAUAGAAUAGUUGUACAGAUGUUUUAACCUCAAUGGAAGUAUUCUCAUUUGUGGAUACAUAUUUUCUAUUUAUUAAAUAUCAAUUUUUUCAAAUGCCAUCAAAUUUCCUGAUAAAAUAAUUUUUUUCUGUUUACCAUGCUUCUCAUCCUUUUUAACCUGUUCUCGGGUUAUAUGACUAAAGAGUCAUGCAAAUAUUGAAUGUGUUGUUAUGCGCUGUCAAGUUGGUUCCAACUCCUAGUGACCCUACAUAAGGCAGAAGGAAACACCA